CUGUCAUGGCGGCCUGAGGAGCGCAGCGAGCCGGGGAGGCAGGCACGGGCGGGCGAGCGCUCAGGCGGCAGCGGCAGCCGUCAGGUUAAAGGGUCUAGAAUGGCAGGAGAACAGAAGCCAUCCUGUAAUCUCCUUGAGCAGUUUAUUUUAUUAGCCAAAGGCACCAGUGGAUCAGCUCUGACUGCCCUUAUCAACCAAGUGCUGGAGGCUCCUGGGGUUUUUGUCUUUGGGGAGCUACUAGAAUUAACAAACGUGCAAGAGCUUGCCGAAGGGCCGAAUGCUGCUUAUUUUCAGCUGCUGAAUCUUUUUGCCUAUGGAACAUACCCGGAUUAUGUAGGAAACAAGAAUAACCUCCCAGAGUUAACAGGAGCCCAGAAGAACAAGCUGAAACACUUAACUAUUGUCAGCUUAGCUUCCAGAAUGAAGUGCAUUCCUUACUCGGUGUUGCUGAAAGACCUGGACAUGCGGAACCUGCGGGAGCUGGAAGAUCUGAUCAUUGAAGCCGUUUACACGGACAUCAUCCAAGGGAAGUUGGACCAGCGGAACCAGGUGCUUGAAGUGGACUUCUGCAUCGGCAGGGACAUCCAAAGGAAGGACAUCAGCAACAUCGUCAAAACGCUUCACGAAUGGUGUGAUGGGUGUGAAGCGGUUCUGUUAGGAAUUGAACAGCAGGUGCUCCGAGCCAACCAGUACAAAGAGAACCACAACCGAACCCAGCAGCAGGUAGAGACAGAGGUCACCAACAUCAAGAAGACGUUGAAAGCCACGGCGUCGUCCUCUGCCCAGGAGAUGGAGCAGCAGCUAGCCGAGCGGGAGGGCCCCCCGCACACCGAGCAGCGGCAGCCCACCAAGAAGCUGUCCAAGGUCAAAGGGCUCGUCUCCAGUCGCCACUAGUGCCCGCAGCAGCAGCAGCAGCAGGGUGCUGCUCGGGCCCCACGUGUUUCUGGAGGGAGCCCCCCUGGGGGAUUCUCAGGCUGGAGGCCCCGGGCCCCGUCGGAGCCCGACUUAAACCAGCACGGGACGCUUCCGACCUCCUUGACACCCUUGAGCCCCAGAGCUUUUUAUGAGGACCUUGAGGGCACGGUUUAUUACUACCCACGUAGGGGGCAGGAGACUGAAAUAAGGCCCAACACCCGUGAAGUUCUGGUGCGGUGGAGGCCACGGUCCCCUUCCCAGCCGUUUGCAAGCAGGGGGCCGUUUUUGCGUCUGGCUGCAGGUGGUGGGUGGGCAAAGGCUCAGCUUCCGGCUGAGAGAGAGGGAUUGGGGGGGGGUCUCUGAAAUCCGCACCGGAACCUGCCACCCACCAUGGCAAAGGCGACGCUCCUAGCCCAGGCAGGCAUGGCCUCUUGUGGCCACCUUCUUUCUCUCCCUGUUCCUUCGGCGUUUUAUCUUAGGGUGCAACUCUCUACCUCACGCUGGGAGGGCCGGAGUUCGGGCUGGGCUGUGUUUACUUGCCCCCUGCUUUGCUGCCCUUCUACGCCCAGGAGCCUGGCUGCUGGCUUUUAAAGCUUGUGUCUUACAGCUCUAAAGCAGAGGAAGUCAGGGGCGGAGCGGAGCGAAAGGGGUGAAGCUGCUAUUUCAGUCUCCUCUUGUUUCGUCUCCUCCACCCCACCCACCCCCGGUGACUGUUAUUCCAAGGGGCAGGGUUGCAGAAGUUGUGCGUUCUCCACGUGUUCCAUGGUAAUAGUUUCUCCCCUCCCGAAACCUUUGACGUGUAACACAGUAAAACCUCCCCGGAUGAAAGUGAGCUCUGUGAAAGAGGUUCCCCCCUCCCCUUUGGCCUGCUGAGUUGGGACCCUUCUGUCAGAGGCAGCAAAGGCGGUCCCAUGCUGGCCUCUAGGCUUUCAGAACUUGAACUCCCUUCUGGUUGUAUUUGACCCUCUGUUUUUUGUACAUUUGUUGAGAGGCUUGAGCAUUUCAGCCUUUUUUUUAUUAUUAUUUGACUUUUGUUACAGACUAAUUGAAGGCGACUUGGUCAGAAGGAUUGUUUUCUUUUCUAUUAAAAAACGAAGACGUUGGCAUCGAAA